CGCAUCUGUUAUUCCUCGGCUUCGUGCUCUUCACUUUGUGAUCACUCGAAUUCUUCUGCCGCGCACCCAAUCCUUAGAUCUAAUUCUUCCCUUGGAUUUGUGGAUCAUGGCCCAUGCUGCUAAUGGAGUCCCGUUAGACUUUUCGUAUCUCCUGUUUGGAGUGUUCAUGACCUUUGCGGACUCUAGCUUUCCUGGCUCUCUUCCUUUUGGCCCACUGGUCACUCACUUGAUUCUUCGCCUGGGGAUUUCCAUUUCUCCUUUUCGCACGGAGCAGCCUUCCUGGUUCUUUCUUAUUGACCAAGUUCUUGACGAGCUUGAGAUUGCAAACGAGGAGGAGAUGGCUGUUGCUGCUGAAGAUGUUGCUGCUAAAGAUGUUGAUCCAGAACCUGAAGGUGAAAAUGAUCCUGAAGAAGAAGUCUUUGAAGAAGAAGAAGAAGAUGAUUAUCAGUUUGAAGCUGCUUUCAUUUAUGGCCCUGCUAGACUUGUCGAUUACAGUUCAGAUGAAUCCUUUGAUGCCUGAUCUAGGGGGAGCUUAAUUUUAGGGGGAGAUGUCUUUUUGAUAUGAUUGAUAGUUUUAGGGGGAGAUGUCUUUUUGCUAUGAUUGAUUGAUUUCGGUUCUUGUAUUUGACAGUGUGGAUUUAUGUUUUUGAUAUGAUUGCUUUUAGACCUUCUUCUUUUCUGUGUUGGUUGUUUUUAUUGUUAUGCUCUGUGCUCGAAAAGUGUUCUUUUGCAGGUACUCUUUCAUUUGCAAUCUCUGAUCUAGGGGGAGAUUGAUGGACGAGAUCAGAGCUGGCAAAUGUCAACAAGGAAAGUGUUCAUCUAAGAAAAGGAAGGUGUUGAU